GGGCUGCGACACGCAAGCGCUACAGGUAGGUUAAGAUUCACGCUCGGCCGCAUUUGGUGGGCCAGGGCGUAGUGACGCGGCCCUUGCUCGCUCGCGCCAUGACCGGCCUGUGACCAGUGGAGUGCAGUGCAGUGUCCCGUGCUAAUACCUGUGAUCUAUCAAACCUAGUGCCUGUGCUGUGACUUGCUAUGACGAGGAGCUGACGCGAGGAGCCUUAACGAUCGGUCCGGUGACCACAUGCCGUCGUCAUCAUGGUGAUCGUUACCAGGGGCGAUUACAUAUGGAUCGAGCCGGUGUCGGGGCGAGAGUUCGAUGUGGCGAUCGGCGCGCGCGUCCUCGCCGCCGAGGGGCGGCGCAUACGCGUGCGCGACGACGACGGCAACGAACAAUGGCUGCCGCCCGAGCGACGCAUCAAAGCCAUGCAUGCCACCUCCGUGCACGGAGUAGAGGACAUGAUAUCUCUCGGGGAUCUGCACGAAGCCGGCAUCCUUAGGAAUCUGCUAAUCCGAUACAACGAGAAUUUAAUAUACACAUACACCGGCUCCAUUCUAGUAGCAGUGAACCCGUACCAAAUCCUGCCGAUCUACACGGCGGACCAGAUCAAGCUAUACAAGGAGCGGAAGAUCGGCGAGUUGCCUCCGCAUAUAUUUGCUAUUGGAGACAAUGCGUACGCGCAUAUGCGCCGCUACGGGCAGGACCAGUGCAUCGUGAUCAGCGGGGAGUCCGGCGCAGGAAAGACCGAGUCUACUAAACUCAUCCUGCAGUACCUCGCGGCUAUCAGUGGAAAGCAUUCUUGGAUAGAGCAACAGAUCCUAGAAGCGAAUCCAAUCUUGGAAGCGUUCGGCAACGCGAAGACCGUGAGGAACGACAACUCGUCCCGGUUCGGGAAGUACAUCGACAUCCACUUCAACAGCGGCGGAGUCAUCGAGGGCGCCAAGAUAGAGCAAUAUCUCCUGGAGAAGUCCAGGAUCGUAUCCCAAGGGACCGAGGAAAGGAAUUACCAUGUCUUCUACUGCCUGCUCGCUGGUCUCUCCAAAGACGAGAAGAAGAAACUUGAGCUUGGUGAACCGUCAGAGUAUAGAUAUUUGUCUGCGGGCGGCAGCUUCACAUGCGAAGGCAGAGACGACGCUGCUGAGUUCGCAGACAUCAGAUCAGCGAUGAAAGUGUUGCUGUUCAGCGAGCCAGAAAUAUGGGAAAUAUUGAAACUACUAGCAGCCGUCCUACACUGCGGCAACAUCAAAUAUGAAGCUACUGUGGUCGACAACCUGGACGCCACGGAAAUUAUUGAACAGGCCAAUGUAAGGCGAGUAGCACAUCUCCUAGGAGUACCCAUGCAGUCUCUUAUCGAUGCUCUGACGAGAAAGACGCUAUUCGCUCACGGAGAAACUGUUGUGUCCACACUCAGCCGCGACCAAUCUGUAGAUAUAAGAGACGCCUUCGUUAAAGGAAUCUAUGGCCGCCUAUUCGUGACCAUUGUAAAGAAAAUCAAUGCAGCCAUCUAUAAGCCAAAAUGUACGACACGAACCGCCAUUGGUGUACUAGACAUAUUCGGCUUCGAGAACUUUGAUCAUAACAGUUUCGAGCAAUUCUGUAUAAACUUUGCAAACGAAAAUCUUCAGCAGUUUUUCGUUAGACACAUUUUCAAAUUGGAACAAGAAGAAUAUAAUCAUGAGGGCAUCAAUUGGCAGCAUAUAGAGUUCGUCGACAAUCAAGAUGCAUUGGAUUUGAUUGCGCUAAAGCAACUGAACAUUAUGGCUCUGAUUGACGAGGAAUCAAAGUUCCCAAAAGGCACAGAUCAAACAAUGUUAGCAAAAUUGCACAAGACACACGGCCUUCACAGAAACUACCUCAAACCUAAGUCAGAUAUAAACACAAGUUUCGGUUUGAACCAUUUCGCUGGCAUUGUCUUUUAUGACACUAGAGGUUUCUUGGAGAAAAACCGGGACACGUUCAGCGCUGAUCUGUUGCAACUGAUCCAUAUUUCGACGAACAAGUUCUUACAGCACAUUUUCCAGGAUGAUAUAGCUAUGGGCUCCGAAACUCGGAAGCGAACACCGACUCUGUCAACCCAGUUCAAGAAAUCUUUAGACUUGUUGAUGAGAACUUUAGGAACGUGUCAACCAUUCUUCAUAAGGUGUAUCAAGCCGAAUGAAUAUAAGAAGCCGAUGAUGUUUGAUCGCGGACUAUGUUGCCGGCAGCUCAGAUAUUCCGGUAUGAUGGAGACAAUCAGGAUCAGAAGAGCUGGGUACCCCAUUAGGCACAGUUUCAAGGAGUUCGUGGAACGGUAUCGAUUUUUAAUCUCUGGUGUCCCACCAGCUCAUAAAACGGAUUGUAGGGCUGCGACUGCUAAAAUAUGUGCGACUGUGCUUGGAAAAUCUGAUUACCAACUAGGUCAUACCAAAGUGUUUUUGAAGGAUGCUCACGAUCUGUUCCUAGAGCAGGAGAGAGACAGAGUGUUGACGAGGAAGAUUUUGAUCCUUCAGCGCUCGAUCCGGGGCUGGGUGUAUCGCAGGCGGUUCUUGAAGAUGCGGGCGGCCGCUGUAUUGAUCCAGAGGCACUGGCGCGGCAAGCUGCAGAGGAUCCGAUACAACAAGAUGAAAGUGGGUUACGCUCGGCUGCAAGCCCUAAUUCGAGCCCGGGUGCUUGCCCACCGGUUCAGACAUCUCCGAGGGCACAUCGUUUCUUUACAAGCGGCAGCGCGCGGCUACUUAGUCCGGCGCUCGUACGGUCACAAGAUGUGGGCGAUAGUGAAGAUCCAGAGCCACGUACGACGGCUCAUCGCCAUGCGGCGGUACAAACGCUUGAAGCAGGAAACCAUCGCGCAUAACGAGGCACUGCGCUUGCGCAGACAAGAGGAACAGCGUCUACAGCAUCAAGGAAACACUCGCGCUAAAGAGAUCGCUGAGCAGAAUUAUCGGGAACGCAUGUACGAACUGGAGCGUCGUGAAGCGGAGCUGGCGUUGGAAGAGAAACGCCAGCUGGAGGCGAAGCGGACGCUGCUACAGGAAGCAGCGCGGAAGCAGGACGAGCCCGUGGACGACAGCAAGCUGGUGGAAGCCAUGUUUGACUUCCUGCCCGACUCCAGUAGCGAGGCGCCUGCGCCGAAAGACACGUCUGUGUUUAGCGACCUGCCGCAACUCAGGGCUGAUCAACAAGAGACGGUGACACCAAUGCAGACAACAUCAGAAGACGAGGAGGACCUCUCGGAAUACAAGUUCCAGAAGUUCGCCGCCACAUACUUCCAAGGCAACGUCACGCACCAGUACUCGAGGAAACCUUUGAAGCAUCCAUUGCUGCCACUGCAUACACAGGGUGAUCAGCUGGCCGCUCAAGCUUUAUGGAUCACUAUCUUGCGCUUCACUGGAGACCUCCCAGAGCCUCGGUACCACACUAUGGACAGAGACAAUACGUCUGUCAUGUCCAAAGUGACCGCAACACUUGGAAGAAACUUCAUCAGGUCCAAAGAAUUCCAAGAGGCACAAAUGAUGGGUGUGGACCCUGACGCGUAUUUGAACAAACAGAAACCAAGGUCCAUCAGACAUAAGCUGGUGUCAUUGACCUUGAAAAGGAAGAACAAACUUGGAGAAGACGUUAGGAGGAAACUACAGGAUGAAGAGUACACAGCUGACAGCUACCAGUCGUGGCUAGAGUCGCGUCCAACGUCAAACUUGGAGAAACUACACUUCAUCAUCGGUCACGGCAUUCUGCGCGCUGAAUUAAGAGACGAAAUAUACUGCCAAAUAUGCAAGCAGCUGACCAAUAAUCCGUCCAAAUCCUCUCACGCCAGAGGAUGGAUUUUACUCUCACUCUGUGUGGGCUGUUUCGCCCCCAGUGAGAAGUUUGUUAAUUACCUGAGAGCUUUCAUAAGAGAAGGCCCGCCAGGUUAUGCCCCGUACUGCGAGGACCGUCUGAAACGGACCUUCAACAACGGUACAAGAAACCAGCCCCCAUCGUGGCUGGAGCUACAAGCAACAAAGUCUAAAAAGCCCAUAAUGUUACCAAUAACAUUCAUGGAUGGCAACACAAAGACUUUACUAGCCGACUCGGCAACAACUGCAAGAGAAUUAUGCAAUCAACUAUCCGAUAAGAUCGGGUUGAGAGACCAGUUUGGUUUUUCAUUGUACAUUGCACUGUUUGAUAAAGUGAGCUCGUUGGGAAGUGGAGGCGACCAUGUGAUGGAUGCCAUUUCCCAAUGCGAGCAGUAUGCGAAAGAACAGGGGGCUCAAGAGAGAAACGCUCCCUGGAGGUUAUUCUUCAGGAAAGAAAUAUUUGCUCCUUGGCAUGAUCCUACUGAAGACCAAGUAGCUACGAACUUGAUUUACCAACAAGUGGUGAGAGGAGUCAAGUUCGGCGAGUACAGAUGUGACAAAGAAGAAGAUUUAGCAAUGAUUGCAGCCCAGCAAUAUUACAUCGAAUACGGGCAAGACAUGAACACCGAGCGACUAUAUACACUUCUGCCGAACUAUAUUCCAGAUUACUGUCUCACUGGUGUCGAGAAGGCAGUAGACAGAUGGGGAGCUCUGGUAGUGCAAGCAUAUAAAAAGAGUUACUACGUGAAAGAAAAAGUUCCAGCGUACAGAGUGAAAGAAGACGUUGUUAGUUACGCGAAAUUUAAAUGGCCUCUACUGUUCUCUCGAUUUUAUGAAGCUUACAGAAACUCUGGUCCCAAUUUGCCCAAAAAUGAUGUUAUAAUCGCUGUAAAUUGGACGGGAGUGUAUGUUGUCGAUGACCAGGAGCAAGUUUUGUUGGAACUUUCGUUCCCAGAAAUCACAACAGUGUCGAGUCAGAAAACCAACAAAGUGUUCACACAAACGUUUAGCCUGUCAACUGUGCGCGGUGAAGAAUUCACAUUCCAAAGUCCUAAUGCCGAAGAUAUCAGAGAUUUAGUGGUUUACUUUUUAGAAGGCUUGAAAAAAAGAUCUAAAUACGUGAUUGCACUUCAAGACUACAAAGCUCCUGGGGAAGGAUCCAGUUUCUUAACGUUCAAUAAAGGAGAUCUGAUUAUUUUAGAGGAAGACAGCACUGGUGAGUCUGUACUAAACAACGGCUGGUGUAUCGGGCGUUGCGAGAGGACAAUGGAGCGAGGAGACUUCCCAGCAGAGACGGUGUAUGUUCUGCCUGCACUGACAAAACCUCCACCAGAUAUAUUAUUGCUAUUCUGUCAAGAAGGAGCUCAGCACGGUCGUCGUGUGGUGACUGCAACUCUUAACGGAACCGAAAGCAGAGACAAACCACACACGUUACUAGAAUAUGCUAUGGACCACUUCCGACUGCCGCCUAAACGCACAGUAUCCAAAGCCCUUACACUCUCCACAGCUAAACGCGGCGGUUCGGAAGAGCUCUGGCGACAUUCUAGGGAACCGAUAAAACAACCGUUGUUAAAGAAACUACAAGCUAAAGAGGAGUUGGCAGAGGAAGCCUGUUUCGCUUUCACGGCAAUUCUAAAAUACAUGGGAGACCUGCCCUCUAAACGACCCCGCAUCGGCAAUGAAUACACAGACCACAUCUUCGAUGGCCCACUGAAACACGAGAUACUACGUGAUGAAAUCUACUGCCAAAUAAUGAAACAGCUGACUGAUAAUCGGAACAGAAUGUCAGAAGAAAGGGGCUGGGAGCUGAUGUGGCUGGCUACGGGACUGUUCGCGUGUAGCCAGGGCUUGUUACGAGAACUAACUCUCUUCCUCAGAACUAGAAGGUAUCCAAUUGCUCAAGACUCACUCCAAAGACUGCAGAAAACUUUGAGGAAUGGCCAAAGGAAGUAUCCUCCACACCAGGUGGAGGUGGAGGCUAUUCAGCACAAGACGACGCAGAUAUUCCAUAAAGUUUACUUCCCAGAUGAUACAGACGAGGCUUUUGAAGUCGAUUCGUCAACGAGAGCGAAGGACUUCUGCCAAAAUAUAGCACAGAGACUGAAUCUCAGAUCUAGUGAGGGCUUUAGUUUGUUUGUUAAAAUAGCUGAUAAGGUGAUUUCUGUGCCGGAAGGAGAUUUCUUCUUCGACUUCGUGCGACAUCUCACUGAUUGGAUCAAGAAAGCGCGGCCGACACGUGAUGGCAUUACUCCACAAUUUACUUAUCAGGUAUUCUUCAUGAAGAAGUUGUGGACGAACACGGUGCCGGGCAAGGACCGGGCAGCGGACGUGAUCUUCCACUUCCACCAGGAGUUGCCCAAGCUGUUGAGAGGGUACCAUCGUUGUGGACGCGAAGAGGCGGCGCGGCUCGCAGCGCUGGCCUACCGCGCGCGCUUUGGAGACAACAAGCAGGAGCUGCAGGCUAUACCCCAAAUGCUUCGCGAGCUCAUCCCAGCGGACCUGAUCAAGAUGCAGAGCUCAGCGGAUUGGAAGCGCGCCAUUGUCGCGUCCUACAACCAGGACGCCGGCAUGACGCCCGAGGAUGCCAAAAUCACCUUCCUCAAGGUCAUCUACCGGUGGCCCACCUUCGGCUCUGCGUUCUUCGAGGUCAAACAGACAACAGAACCGAACUACCCCGAGCUCCUACUCAUCGCCAUCAACAAACACGGCGUCAGUUUGAUCCAUCCGCAAACUAAGGACAUCCUGGUCACCCAUCCGUUCACGAGGAUAUCCAACUGGUCAUCAGGCAACACGUAUUUCCACAUGACGAUCGGCAACCUAGUUCGCGGCUCCAAGCUGCUCUGUGAAACCUCCCUCGGCUACAAGAUGGACGAUCUGCUCACUUCCUACAUCUCCCUAAUGCUCACCAAUAUGAACAAACAGCGAUCCAUGCGUGUCAAAUAACUCUAGGCUGUUACAGAAGGGUCUUCGAACACCAGUGGUCAAACUGACAACAGUUAACGCAAAAUUAUCCUAAAAUCUUUGGUCUUAUGCAAACAUCCUGUUAAAACUUACAUAAGUUGGAGACAUACAUAAGUUCUAAAUGAAUAUUAGCAAAAUGACAAAAGAUUCCAGGAUAUUUUUGCGUUCACGGAUGCGAUAUUGACUUCCGAUGUUCGAAGCGUGGUUGACCUUUGCAAACUUGGACUUGUAAGUUUCUACCCGCCAAAAGUAGGGUUAUGUUUUUUCCACGUGCAUUUAUUUGCAAUCUUAAACGAACUUCUUAUCUACCUAAUCUAACCGUUUGUAAUAUUAUAUUGUUAUUUUCUAUCUUCUAACUUCCAAACUACUUUUGUUUGUCAUUUCACGAAGUUGACGUCAGUUUACAAUGUCUUAUCUAAUGAAAUUAAUAUAGGAAUAAGUUUAUCCUGAGAAUUUUUCGUGUGACAGAUGGAAAUUGAUUACGUAGAUUAAUAGGUACUGCGGCUAUAAAAUAAUCUUAUGAAGUACCAACCUUUAUUUUCUAGGUUUUUCUUUGAAAUAUCACUUGCUUCAUUUGUUUGAAAGUUCAAGUUUGCAGAGAUCAUAUCAAUUAUGUCUGAAAAUUUUAACAUCAAUGCAUUAUAGAUAGACUUCAAAUUUGUUGUUGGUUGAGCAUUGUUUGGUAGGUCAUUGAACUCUGUCAAAUACCUAACAAAGUUUAACAUGUCCGAUAUUACGUAGAUUUUUACUGUAUCCGUCCAUUUACAAACGUAGGAAUAAAUUGUAUUUUAUAGCUACAUACAUAUAUAGUAGAAAAUCCACUAUUUUUAUUGCAGCGUGAAAUAUUCCAAAUCGCUUACGGCUAAGGCGUAUAAAUAAUAUGUAUAUCAGUUAUGAAUAUUUUGUAUUUAAGUACAAUUCUCAACGUGUUUCAUUUAAUCGAUUAAUUUAGACCACUUUAUAUAGCAUUUAAAGUAAAUAUUCAUUUAUAUAAAAUACGUAUAUAGAGACAAAUUUUGUGAACAAUACGUUUUAGUGUGUGAAAACUGUAUUGUUUAAAAAUAGAUUUAUGCUAUUUUAACGCAGCAUAGUUUUCACAUGACUUCAACCGAAAAAAGAUCUGUUUAAUAUUUUUAUUGAAUGUAGAAUAAAAUAGUAUAGGACCCGAUAAAGCUAAGCGAAAGGUUUAUAUUUUCAUAAAUAUUUAGUAUAUUUUAUAAAGAAUUUGCUACUUGUUGCCUUAAUAAGUGCCUAAUUGCUUAAUAGUGUAAUUGUAAGAGGGACAACAGGAUUGUAUGCAUGUACAGUCACGAGCAUUAACAUGAUACACUUUAAUACCAUGUCACAUUAAACUUAUUUGUCAAAUUGAAUAUAAAGUCUCAGUAAAUGUCAAACAUGUUGUGCGACAUGGUUCUAUAGUGGGUGCAUGAUACUCACGACUGUAUAGCGAAUACUAACUUUAGAUUAUGUAAUGGUGUUGAUUUUGGCAAAAUAAAGUUUAGUUUGAGAGUUCUAAAACUAGGUCUGUCUCUUUCUUGCAGUAAGCGUAAGAGAAAGACGGCACUACUUUGAAUGCUGCUAAACUAAAUCAUAAUUUAAUACGCCAAAACCGACACCUAUGGUGCCUAUUCAGGCGGACACAAACCUAACCUAAUUUCAGUUUGACAGCUGUUCAAACUAAUGCCGUUCUUCACUUACAAUAAGUGCAAGAAAGGGAUGGAGUUAGUUUUAGUCCUGUCAAACUAAAAUUAGGUUGGUAGUUGCCCGAAUUGGCACAAAUAUCUUACUUUCGUAAUGUUAGAGUAUUGGUAAUCACCUAACAUAAUUUUAAUAUUCUAUUCUCGUUAGAACUGCAUUGUAUUUAUUGUCUAGGUAAAGGUAAGUUUGUGUAAAAUUGUCCAUGUAUGCCAUGAGUCCGUGACAAUACUAUUUGUUUUUUUUUUCGCUUUAAAGUCAAAAUGUUGCAUUUGUGAGUGGUUGUAAACAUGAGUCACAAUCA